AUGCCAGAAAAGGAUCGGGAGUUGGGUGCAGCUCAGAAUGAAAUCAAGGCAUUGAGAGCAACUGGAGUUCUGAAGGAUAAGGCAGUAGAAGAGCUUGGAAAUGAAGCAAAAAGAUUGGAUGAGAAGCUCAGAGUAACUGAAAGUCUUCUUGAGCAAAAGAGUCUUGAUGUGAAGAAAUUAGCAAAUGAUAAGAAAACAGCAUUGGCUGCACAAUUUGCUGCAGAAUCAACUCUUAGAAGGGUGUAUGCAAACCAAAAGGAUGACAAUUCUCUUCCCAUUGAGUCUGUCAUUGCUCCUUUUGAAGCGGAGAUUAAGAUGUACAAAAAUGAGAUUGCAGCACUUCAAGAGGACAAAAAGGCUUCGGAACGACUAGCUAAGUCAAAAGAAGCAGCUUUGCUUGAAGCAGAGAGGAUUUUGGGUAGUGCACUAGAAAGGGCACUAAUAGUAGAGGAGGUUCAAAACCAGAACUUUGAGUUGAAAAGACAGAUUGAAAUCUGCCUGGAGGAGAAUAGAAUUUUAGAUAAAACCAAUCGUCAAAAGGUUUUAGAGGUUGAAAAGCUUAGCCAAACCAUUGAGGAACUCGAGGAGGCCAUUCUGGCUGGUGGAGUAUCUGCAAAUGCUGUUCGUGACUGCCAGCGACAGAUUUCUGAACUACAUGAGGAUAAAAGGACACUGGAAAGGGAACUAGCAAGAGUAAAAGUUUCAGCGAAUCGUGUUGCAACAGUGGUGGCUAAUGAGUGGAAGGAUGAGAAUGACAAAGUUAUGCCGAUCAAGCAAUGGCUAGAAGAUAGAAAGUUGUUGCAGGCUGAGAUGCAACGAUUAAGGGACAAAUUAGCAAUAUCCGAGAGAACUGCUAAGGCAGAAGCACAACUCAAGGACAAACUGAAGUUGAGGCUAAAGACAUUGGAAGAAGGCUUAAAGCACAUGUCUAGUUUCUCGGGCAAUCCUAAUUACCUGAAAAUUGAAAAAGCUAAUCAAUUCUUUGGGAUCUUAUCGAGUAAUGCUGGACUGAGGAAGAGAUCUACAUCGCAGCCAAGGGCAUCCACCAUCAGUAGAAGUUCAUCACCACCAAAUGUAGACAAUGGAACCGUCAUUGAUGUUGGAGAAUUGAGACAAAUAAAUACCUUUGAAAAGAAAUAUGUUUCUGGGCAAAAUUUUUUAAGGAAAAAUUUAUGGGCAUCUAAAAGUAAGGUCGCCAAAAGUGAUGAAAAGGAAAAUACUGAGAUUAAAGGAAAUACUACUGUGAAUGCUGAUACGUAUGAUGACAAUGAAAACUCAGUUUCAGGAGAUGUCAAAAUCAAAGGCAGCGGCAAUGAAGGGUCAGAAAAUAUGGGAAGUGUCAACUCUGAUAUUCAUGACAUGGUUUCAGGGUUUCUGUAUGACAAGCUCCAAAAAGAGGUUAUCAGUUUAAGGAAGUCUUGUGAGGUGAAAAACACUACUUUGAAUACUAAAGAUGAAGAAAUCAAGAUACUUACGAAGAAGAUUGAGACACUAUCAAAAGCCAUUGAAGUAGAGUCUAAGAAAACUAAGAGAGAAGCAGCAACACGAGAAAAAGAUUCACCAUCAGCUAAGGUUGGUGAUGGCAAAAAGAUCAGAAACACAAACUCCUCUAAGAGGAUCACCAGAGCAUCUUGAAGGUAAAUUGUCGGGUAAAGUUGAAGUCGACCUGGAAAAUCAGUUGGUUCAUCAACCAUGUCAUGUGAUUUAUGCACAGUAAAUAUACAUUUGAGUGAUGCUUGAUAGUAGAAAUAAUGUUUUAGUUUCUUCUGAGUCAUGGAGAUACUAACUUUGUCAUAUUCUGGAUGAUGUCGUCUAUCAUAUUAAUCCUCUGCUU